UCCUCGCACUGUCUAUCACUCAGCAGAGGCACACAGUGAGCUCAAGAAGUCUUGACCUGACACCAACUCAAGCAGAAGAACCAGCAGCAACUGUCUUAGAGAAGUCCGGCAGCAUCCCUUCUCGAUUGGAGCAGAGCACCAUGGCAGGCAGCACUGUCCUUCACUUGGGCUUCCUUCUGACGCUCGCAGGAAUUCUCCUCCUCGCAUGCAGCUCCGCGCAAAGAGUCAGAGUAAGAAGACAGAAUAUGAAGGUUCGGAUCAACGCCACUGGGGAUACCAUAGUUUUGAAGUUUGUUCGUCCCAACCCUGACAUCAAACUGGAGGGCUACAUCUUAGGCUAUGGUUCCAGCAUGUUCUCCAAACAGUUCAUCCAACUUCCAGAAAACGGGGAACCCUAUGAGACCGAGAUUGAUGCUGAGCCCAAGUAUCUGGUGGCUGUUCAGCCCAUCCCAACCAAUGAUGUGAAGAAGCAUUGCACAGGUAAGGUGAACCUGGACAAACCUCUUCACCUGGUGAUCGAUUCUGUCACGCCGACAUCUGUGCUACUAUCCUGGGGAACCUACUUAAAGACACCCUACGAGGGAAACAUCAUGAACGACUGCUUGGAGGACGGGCAUUACACCAUCCGCUAUAGAGAAAGGAACAGGAAGUGGAUCUACCAAACCUGCCCCACCUCUGAUACUGUUAUCGACAACCUCAAGCCCAACACACCCUAUGAAUUCGGCGUCCGAUCCAACAAAGACGACCGUAGUGGAAUGUGGAGCAAGCCAGUGAUCCACAACACCAACAUGGGAGACAAAAACUUCCAGAUAACCUACAAGCCGAACAGACCCCUUGUCAAUACCUUGGCUGGACCUCACAGCAGUCUGUUCCCUCGACAUGGUAUCCCCAACAUAAGCCAGCCAGGAUCGCCCAAAAACACAGGCGUUAAUGGAGGUCCCAAGACAUCUUUUGCUCCGCCAAUGGGUCAGCAAGGAACUGUGGCUGCUCCAAGAGCCAAUGAGCCAAAAUGGCCUCAGCUCUCAUUGGAUUCAAACAGCCAUGUUAGAAAUGACUCCUCUCAGCUGGUGGAGGUCCUUCCUGUCCUUCCCCAACACCCACCCACUAAAUCCUCCCGUCCUUCAGUCACCCCUGCCCCCAAUUCCUUACCCAGCAGUACCCGGACACCCCUACACGGACACCCUCACACCAGGGCACCUAAUGCCACUCAGAUGCCACAUAGUUCCUCUGGUAAGAGCAUCCGGAGAGACUCCAUCUCUUCUCUUCCAUCCAAACCCAUCGAUUCAGUCCUAACAGUGACCACCAGGAACCAGACGUCACUGAGCAGAAACCCUUUCUCUCUCUCUAAUGGCAUGAGACAUUCUUCCCCCAGGCCUGGCGACUCCUCUAGAAGAUAUGGGGUUAACGGUGAGCACCAUAAGGGACUUUCUCUCCCCAAACACGUCAUGUGGUCCAGACCAAGAAUGGGUUCUCCAGCAGCACGCCCUCCUAUUCCACCAAAAAAGCCUAAUCUUGUGGGCAAGCCUGGAGAAUUAGCAGACAAGAUAGCAGACCUGAAUCAGGACAAAGAUUCUUUUUUUAAACCCAAGCCACCACCUGUUACAGCAAAACCAUCCAAACCAAAGACAACAUCUCCUGCAGUGACAGCACCCCGAUUUGAGACCUGGGAGAACUCUUCUGUAUUCAGCUCUGUUCCUGCUUCUAAAGUUGAUGCCUUGGGCAAAGAACGCUACAUUGCUCCACAUGUGGUCUACAAGACAGAUAAGAAGCCAGAUGAGCCCUGCUCCAUCACCACCUCUCUGAGUUACUUCCCUCAGGAGGAGGGUGGAGAACAAAAUGUCACUAACCCUCCAAAAACAGCCCCAUCCAAUCUCACUGUUGUAACCGUGGAAGGAUGCCCCUCCUUCAUUAUUCUCGACUGGGAGAAAACCGAUAAUGAAACAACAGAAUAUGAGGUUAUCUCAACAACUAAAGGUCCUGAUGGUGAACAGGUUUCUAUUCUGACCACCAACCAGACUCAUACAGCUGUGGAGAACCUUAAACCAGAGAGCAGUUAUGAAUUCAAGGUGAAGCCCAAGAAUGAGCUUGGUGAAGGGCCACCCAGCGAACCAGUGUCUUUCAACACAGAGUCUGCGGAUCCGCGAGUGAGCGAGAACGUCUCAGGUAAAGAUGCCAUUUGGACCCAGUUCCCCUUCAAAACCGACUCCUACUCCGAGUGCAACGGGAAGCAGUAUGUGAAGAGGACAUGGUACCGCAAAUUUGUUGGCAUCCAACUCUGCAACUCCCUUCGGUACAAGAUCUACUUGAGCGACUCCCUCAACGGUAAAUUCUACAAUAUUGGAGACCAGACGGGUCACGGUGAAGACCACUGCCAGUUUGUGGACUCAUUCCUAGAUGGCAGAACAGGAACUCAGCUUCCUGCAGACCAGCUACCAUCAAGGCCAGGUUUCUACAGAGCAAUGAGACAAGAGCCAGUCCACUUCGGCCAGAUAGGUGGAAACUCUCACAUCACCUACAUUGCAUGGUACGAGUGUGGUACACCAAUCCCAGGGAAAUGGUAGGACAGCGUCCAGACAGAACCCUGAAGAGCAACUCUCAUUGGUUGGGGUCGGUGCCUGCUAAUGUCACAUGACAGUUUUGUUUUGUUGUUUUUACUGUUCACCCCCACCAAUGAUAGUGAGUUUGGUCACUCCUCAGCCUACAUCACCGAAAGUUCGUACCAUGUAUAAUAGUGUACAGGAUUAAAGAGUCAGGGAAUACUUUUUAGGGCAUUUGUGACAUGUAAUAGCAAAACAAUGCCUCAUCUUUUUAUUUAUCGUACAGUAACUAGAACAAAAAAAAAAAUUAGUUCAUUAUGAGAAAUACACCGGAUACAUUGAAGUGAUGAACAUAAAAAAAGAAAGGUAAAAAAAUACUUGUUUAAAUAUUGGGAAGCUGGCUCCCUGAAACUAUUUUGAUAUUUUGUGUAAUAUUAUUUAUCAAAGUUUGUGGUUUCUUCACUGGUUUUCUUUCAGUGAGAAAGGGCCAGGCUUUUAUUAAGUGCUUUUAAGACAGCCUGGGCUUUUGUCUACCACCAGAGGCAGCUGUAUUAGUUUAGGUCUCUGUUCUGUCAGAUUAUAUGUAUAGCUGGGACUCUUCGCUAUGUUGCUUUUACAAACACAUUGUACUGGCUCAACAAGUCAGCUUACCCACACUAGAAUAGAAAGGAUGGACUCAAGACGACAACACGUCUAUGUUUACAAUGGGUUGGGAUGAACAUAAUCAUUUUCUUUACAUGCGCACGCACAUCUACACGCACGCACAUCUACACACACACACAACACAUGCAAAUUCUCAUUCACUCAGAUGCUUUGUACCAUGGCUGUUGUCUUCCCAUGUAUGUCCUGGUAUAUUUGAUGGUUCUAGAUAGUAAGGAUGACCUUACUCUUGCAAUUUGCACAGCACAAAUGUAUUUAUAUGUAUAUGGAGAGAGUAUUUUUUUCAGGAAACCUAUGAGAGAAUUAAAGACCUUCCCCCUCAAGCUUGUGAAACACGAUACAAGUUUUUAAAAAUAAUUCUCGCUUUUUUUGAGUGUUAACCCCCUGAAUACAUUCAAGGAGUCUUGAAGAUUUUAAUACUUCAAGGAGAGCUUGUCUGGGUCCCAUAUUUUGUACAGUUAUGUCCCUGCCAAUCCCUUGGCAGAGUUUCUCUGGCUUAUCCGUAUUUUCAUGGAAUAUGUUUGUAAGAUGAAACUGUUGUUUGUUGUUGUUGUUCUGGAUUUGUUUUCCUCUGUAUGUAUUUUACAAUAAUAAAAACAAGAAGUUUUGUUUCUUUUUUAA